UUUUUUUUUAUUAUCAACCUGAAUCUGAAAAGAAGGUAAUUUUAUUAGAUAAUGUGGUUGAGAAGGAAAAUUAGAAACUUGAAAAAUGACAAAUUUUUUGUAUAGCCUAUAUUAGAAUUGUAGCCUACUUAGAUCAUUUGAGCACUUAUUCACUUUUGUAUUUGUUUAAAAAAAAUAUUUGUUCCCUCUUUUAAACGACAACUUCCGACCUAUAAGGGAGGAUGUGCUGGCGAUGUUCAUCAGGCAAAUCAAGGUGCUGACCUGUGGGAGGCAGGUAAACAUACGUGAAAACCCUAAUGAUGAUGUUGAAAUGCAAUAUGAAAGUCGGGAUAUAAAAUUUUUAAUUUCCCUAAAAAAUAUUUUGAGUGGUGUAAAAGUAAGGUUACUACGGAGUCCUUAAGGGGACAUGGGUAAAAGAAAAUUGAAAGUGUAUAUACGGAUUAGUUUCUGCUGCACCAUUUUAUUUUCUAAUAUUUUUUCUGUCCAUGUCCCUUCAGAGGCCCCGUAGGUUACUUAUUAUUUAUAUAUGAAAUAUUUCCUUUCGUUCAGUGUAAUUUAGUGUUUCAGCGAGAGGAUUAAACACUUUUAAGGAACUACACAUCACAAACACUUAAGGAGCUGAGCACCACUAAAGUUCAGAUCCUAAACUCGCCCCUGAGUUACACUUGUCGUUGGUGAAUGCAUUAUUUCAUAUUUAAAAAUGUUUUUAUCACAACACAUUUUCUCCGUUAUUAAACAUGUCUAGUCCUACUUCUUGUGAAAACAUAUCAAAUGAAAAUUUCAUAGAAGAGUUGCAUCACUAAGGGAAAUGUUUUUUGUAUUUUUUUUGUACAUAAGUCAGUUGAGGAUUGCAGGAAUCAUUUUCAUUCUCAAGUAGCCUGUUUUUUUCCCCCUGCAGCCACUGUAUCCAACUUCUUGCCACACGAUCCACCUGAGCCAGUGCCACACUCUCUCUUCUCUCUCUCUCUCUCUCUCUCUCUCUCUCUCUCUCUCUCUCUCUCUCAGACGCUUUGUAACGCCCCUCGGUGAAUCACAAAGAUGCAUAAGGUACCCGUUAACGUUUGCGGGAGACGCACAGGGCCUGCUGCUUUUCAUAGUGUGCGCAAAAGCACGCACGUCCGCUGAUGCGUUAUCAGAGAAAGCUGCUCAGGUAGCUGCUCAGGUAUAAAGAGGUUUGUCAGCACAUCCCACUAUCACUAAGAGGACACCACCGGACUGAAUGGAAGACAAAUGGUGAGUCUUUUCAAGUUUCUUACGAAUCUUUCUGCAGUCAUCUGCUUUGUAUUCAUAGUCUACCUUUUCUUACACAUUGUCUCGCUUUAUAAUUUAUAAUCUAAAAAGAAAAAAACGUAAUGUGUAAAGUUACACAUUCAACGUAAAUGAAUAUUGCGCGACAAAUUUUUAAAUUUAGUUCUGCCAAAAACUCGGAUAAGCUACUUAAAGGAUAUAAAUGAAAAAACAUUUAAGAAAAAUCGAGGGCCUUUUUAUACAGUUUUAAAUUCUCGACAGCUGACAAAAUAUAGUCUACAGCCUAAAAUAUAUAUAUUGCUAACAGUCUGGUGACAAAGAAGAAAACAAAAAAAGUUUUCAAACUGAUAUGUGAAAUAAAAAUGCGCGAUUUAUGAAAAUAAUUACAAUUUUAAAUCGAAUUAAAUUGUCUCAAAACAACUUUGAUUAAUGUCAUAUUAUAUUUAUUAUUCAUUGGACAUAUUUCAAAAAGUAGUAUGAUGAUUACAUUAAAACACUCAAUGGACCACUCCAAAUAACUAGACAGCAUAUUUCACAAGCCAGUAUGAGCAUCAUGCUGUCAGGUUCAGCUAUAGCACACCGGCUAUAAGAGAGUUAACCAGCUAUAAUGGGUUCAUAUAGUGUUUGAUCUUAAGUGUGUUUAUUUAAUGUAGACACCUAUUGUCACAAGUUAUCACAUUAAAGAGAAAGGACAUCCUACAGCCUACAAGCAUGCUUUGUUUCAGGGACAUUUGUGGUACAGUUAUGAACUGUGAAUCUGUCUUCACUUUGACAGAUCAAAAAAACAAAUAAACAUUCAAAUCAAACAAUCCACAAGGAAGAGGACACUCAAGUCAAAUAAUGGAAGAGCUGACAGUUAGAGAUCCAUCCACGCUAGGCUUCGUCAUUGCCGACUAUGCAGUCUUUGCUUGCAUGCUGUUGGUCUCUAUGGCCAUCGGAGUCUUCCAGGCCUUGAAGAAGAGCAAAAGGGAAGCCACAGCAGAUGACUUCUUCACCGGGGGCAGGAGCCUGCCAGCAGUGCCGGUUGGGCUGUCGCUCUGUGCCAGCUUUAUGUCAGCAGUCCAGGUUUUGGGUGUUCCCGCUGAAGCUUCUCGCUACGGCUUUAAAUUCCUCUACAUGUGUCUUGGGCAAAGCAUCAACUCGCUGCUGACGGCGUACCUUUUCCUUCCUGUUUUCUUUCGACUGGGCAUCACCAGCACCAAUCAGUAUCUGAAGUUGAGAUUUGGCAGAGGGAUGCAGCUGUUGGGGAGUAUCCAGUUUCUUGUUGCAACGCUGCUUUACACAGGAGUUGUCAUCUAUGCACCUGCCUUGAUUCUCAACCAAGCUAUUGGACUCAAUAUGUGGGUAUCUCUGUUUUCUACUGGGAUCAUUUGCACCCUAUACACCACACUGGGGGGCAUAAAAGCUGUGAUCUGGACUGAUGUGUUCCAGAUUAUCGUCAUGUUCUCUGGCUUUGUGGCCGUUUUAAUACGAGGAACAGUUCUGGUUGGUGGUCCUGCACUUGUACUGGAGAUAGCCAAGAAUGGAUCACGCGUCAACUUCAAUGAUUUUGACAUUGACCCACGUAAGCGGUAUACCUUCUGGAGCUUGUCUGUCGGGGGUGCAAUGGUUUGGCUGUCCAUGUACGGGGUAAACCAAGCCCAAGUCCAGCGCUACAUCUCCUGCCAAACAGAAAAAGCGGCCCAGUGGGCAUUGUUUGUGAACCAAGUUGGCCUGUGUCUCAUUGUGAGCAGUGCAGGAACAUGUGGCAUUGUCAUGUUUGCUUACUACAUCAACUGUGAUCCACUGAAGUCUGGGAAUAUUUCAACCCCUGAUCUGUAUAUGCCGUUCUUUGUGUUGGACAUAUUCAGAAAUCAUCCUGGCUUUCCAGGACUUUUCCUUGCCUGUGCAUACAGCGGGACUCUGAGCACAGCUUCCACAAGUAUUAAUGCGAUGGCUGCAGUGAUGAUGGAGGAUCUUCUGCGACCUCACCUGGUCCAUGUUUCCCAGAAGAAAUUAGUCCUCAUUUCCAAAGGACUGUCCCUCCUGUGUGGAGCUGGUUGUAUCACUGUGGCUGCGCUCUCCUCAUUUCUGGACUGGGGAGUACUUCAGGGAUCGUUCACUGUCAUGGGUGUGGUCAGCGGUCCUUUACUGGGUGUCUUCAUUUUGGGGAUGUUUAUCCCAGCAGCAAACAGACUUGGGGCAUUCUCUGGAAUAUUAGUGGGAUUCUGUGUCUCUCUGUGGCUGGCUGUCGGAUCAACUCUUUACCCUCCCAGUGAGCAGACCAUGGGUGUGCUGCCCAGUUACUCAGGCGAGUGUGAAGUCAGCAACAUCACUGUGAGCAGAAUCCCUAAACAACAUUCCAUAUCCAUCCGCUUCAUCCCAACAACCUGGG